AUGACGGCGUGUGCACGGAGAAUGGUACUGGGACUGCUGUGCUGGGCGGCCGUCAUCAGCCUGCCAGGGUGUUGGUGUUUUACUGAUCUUUUGUUUGUGAAAGAACCUGUGGAUACAAUAGUGUCACGAAAAGAUUCAGUGGUGUUAGAUUGUCAAGCUCAUGGAGAACCUCCAAUCGCUUUGACGUGGAUAAAAAAUGGUGUCAAGAUUUCUGAGGGUGAACGGAUGUCGAUAUUGCAGAAUGGUUCCUUGUACAUCAAGGAAGUGGAGGGAAAGAAAGCAGAACAUUCUGAUGAAGGAUAUUACCAGUGUUUGGCUAUGAACAAAUAUGGUGCCAUGUUAAGUCAAAAGGCUCACAUUUCUGUAGCAACCAUGUCUGCCUUUGAAGAGCAACCAGUUUCAAUUCAGGUACAAGAUGGAGGAGUGGCUCGUUUCUCUUGUAGGAUAACUGCAAAUCCUCCAGCUGUUAUUACGUGGGAAGUAAAUCGCACUGCUCUUCCUCUUGCCAUGGACAGGAUUACUGUGUUAUCGAAAGGAGUUCUUCAGAUCUAUGGUGUCACAAAAAAGGAUGCUGGAAAUUACAGAUGCAUAGCUACCUCCAUGUCAAACAGACGCAAGAGUGCUGAAGCCACAUUGACUGUUCUAGCAGGCACACUGAUGCAAUCUUUAAAGAAACCGGUAAUCAUAGCACCACCUCAGAAUACAACGGCCUCUGUGCACCAAACUGUUACACUGGAGUGUAUGGCUACAGGAAACCCAAAACCUAUAGUGUCCUGGAGCAGAUUGGAUCAAAAGCCCAUUGAUGUCUUUAACACAAGAGUGCUGGGUAACGGGAACCUUGUUAUUUCCGACGUGAAGGUACAGCAUGCAGGUGUAUACAUCUGUAGAGCGACAACAGCGGGAACUCGCAACUUCACAGUGGCAAUGGCUAGUGUUGUAGUUCUGGCACCUCCAUCAUUUGCUGAACGGCCAGAGAGUUUGACAAGGCCACGUGCAGGAACAGCUCGUUUUGUAUGUCAAGCUGAAGGAAUUCCAAUUCCAAAAAUCUCCUGGCUCAAGAAUGCAAGAAAGAUACAUUCUAAUGGAAGAAUCAAAAUGUACAAUAGUAAACUGGUAAUUAAUCAGAUUAUCCCUGAAGAUGAUGCAGUAUAUCAGUGCAUGGCAGAAAAUAGUCAUGGCUCAAUCCUUUCUCGGGCAAGGCUUAUAGUGGUGAUGUCUGAAGACAGACCAAGUGCUCCUCGUCACCUUCGAGCUGAGACAGUGUCCAGUUCAGCCAUUAUACUGUCGUGGGAAAGGCCGCUGUACAACUCCGAAAAAGUCAUUGCUUAUUCUGUGCAUUACAUGAAGGCGGAAGGUUUAAACAAUGAAGAAUAUCAAGUGGUGAUUGGGAAUGACACAAAUCACUACGUCAUUGAUGACUUGGAUCCUGCCAGCAACUACACAUUUUAUAUUGUUGCCUAUAUGCCGAUGGGUGCAAGCCAGAUGUCAGACCAUGUUACACAGAGCUCACUUGAAGAUGUUCCACUGAGAGCCCCGGAACUUAGUUUGACAAGCCGCAGUCCUACAGAUGUUCUAAUCUCAUGGCUUCCCAUCCCAUCCAAAUUCCGUAGAGGAAAGAUUAUACUUUAUAGACUGUCAUUUCGAAUGAGCACUGAAAGUUCUGUUCAAGUUCUAGAGCUCCCUGGUACCACCCAUGAGUAUUUCUUAGAGGGGCUGAAGUCAGACAGUGUCUACCUAGUUCGGAUAGCAGCAGCAACAAAGGUGGGAUGGGGAGAAUCAUCUGCCUGGACAUCCCAUCGCACACCCAAAGCCAGCAGCAUAAGAGCACCAAGGUCUCCAGAGUUGCGGUUGGAUCCCCUAAACUGUACAACAAUAGCAGUGAGAUGGCAACAGGAUCCUGAGGAUACUGCUACAAUACAGGGCUACAAACUAUACUAUAAGGAGGAAGGACAACAAGAGAGUGGUCCUAUCCUGCUGGAUGUCAAAGACUUUGAUUACAACAUUGGAGGGUUAGAUCCCAGAGGAAAAUAUCACGUAAGGUUACUUGCUUAUAACAAUUUGGAUGAAGGCUAUCAAGCUGAUCAAACUGUCAGCACUCCUGUUUGUGUCUCUGUCCCAGAUCACAUGGUUCCACCUCCUCCACCACCUCAUCAUCUGUAUGCGAAGGCCAAUAGCUCAUCUUCUAUCUACCUUUAUUGGGGACGACCAGCAUUCUCCUCUGGCCAGUUCAUCAACUAUACUGUGCGUUGCAAUCCUGUCGGCCUACAGAAUGCGUCAUUAGUACUCUACCUCCAAACGACGGAACCUCAUAUUUUAGUUCAGGACCUCGAAUCGAAUACCAAGUAUGAAUUUGCUGUACGGCUGCACGUGGACCAGUUGUCGAGUCCCUGGAGCCCUGUGGUUUACCAUUCCACGCUCCCAGAAGCCCCCAGAAGUCCACCAGUAGGUGUGAAGGUGACAUUGAUUGAGGAAAACACGGCUUUGGUCUCUUGGAAACCCCCUGAGGAUAUGUAUUCAUCUGUCACCCGAUACACAAUAUUAUAUGCAUCUAGUAAAGACAGUGCUGCUGGCAAAUGGCAGAAUAUGCACCGAGAUGGAGCGAUAACAAUGGCUUUGCUGGAAAACCUGCUACCAGGAAACGUCUACCUGAUCAAGAUCUCUGCUUCCAAUGAGAUGGGAGAAGGACCCUUUUCUAAUGAAGUAGAGUUGGCCGUUCACCCUAAAGAGAUGGUACACAGCAGCAUGAAGUCAAAGCAUUUUAAUUCUGCCAACAGUCAAGAUUAUUCCAGUUUCUACCAUCUGGACCAGAAGUCAAUGACAGGAAUUGUUGUUGGAGUGUGCAUUGCAUUAACUUGUAUUCUCGUAUGCGUGCUUAUUCUAAUAUAUCGUGGCAGAGCCAGGAAAGCCACAAUUGCAAAACUUGCUCAAGAAAAUGACCGGAUACCUCAAGCAGCUGCAUUAAUUUCUCAUGAGAGUCAGCAAAGGAAGACUAUGAAUCAGCCAGAAGGAAAUGCAGAUCCCUUAAUAUCUGCUGUUGAGACAGAUCAAUACCUUGAUUCAAAGGGUGGUUCAGAUCUCAUCAUUAAUGGCUAUGGACCAGUUGUGAAAAAGAACUCCAAGAAAAAAUGGUCAUUUUUCAGUGACAGUAGAAAAGACCACUUGGAACAGUCCAAAACAAGAAUUGCAAAGGCUACUUGUUUAUAUCAGCCUGGUACUACUGUACUGUUGGGAGAAGACACAUCCUCCACCCCACCAGGCCAUCCAGACACCUUCCAGAUAAGAAGGAGCAUAGCAGCAGAUACAGAACAUUCUGGGAACAGCGAAGAAAGUCAUGAGACCAAUGAUUCUGGGCGUUACUCCCAUGAAUCCAACGAUGAAUCGAAUCUGUACUCUGUUAUCAGCACCACUCCGCCCUCACUAUAUUCAUUUACCAGUCAAGAAUGUUCAAAGGACCCUGCCUUACCCAAACACUGA